AUGACGGCUACAGAGUCACCACCUAAGUUGAAGAAGCAAAAGAUCGAUCUCGAAAAUGUUUGCUAUUGUCAGUAUAUUCUACCAAAGAAGAACAAACGAUGCAAGAUGAUGAGGAAAAAGUACAACAAAUAUUGUUCAGAACAUAUGAUUUUCAAUGACACCAAUGAUUCAAGCUGCGAAAAGAAGAAAAGAAUAACUUGUCCGCUAGAUCCAAGUCAUACAAUCUGGGAAAACGAUAUUAAGGGACAUAUGUUUAAAUGCAAUGCUCGGCCAAAAACGCGACACGAGCCUUGGUUUCAGUUGAAUUAUAAUUGUUCUCUUGUUGGUGUAAACGACGACGACUUUACCCCACAAGAUGAUGAUCCGUUAACCGAGGAAAAGAAAUACAUAGAUUUAGUUGAUUCGAAAGAGUAUCAACCACUUAGUUUUCAUGUAUGCAAUCAUAAGGGAUUAACUACGCAAUUGGAACAACGGACUUUUCAAAAGCACGUGCUUCAGCAGUCAUCGCUAAUAGGCAAUUUGAAAAGGUUGCAUCUACUUUCACCCGAGUGCUUUUACGUUGAAUUCGGAUGUGGUAAGGGAGAGUUGUCACGAUAUGUAAACCAAUGCAUACUUGAAGAAAACCGGGGCCGCGAGGAUAGUGACCUGUCUCAUUAUGGCUAUGGGCUCAUUGAUAGGGGCACAAAUCGUUUAAAAGCAGAUUCGAAAAUAGUUUCUGAUUCUGAAACAUCGAGUUUACAUCCCUUGAUCAAAAGAAGUAAAAUCGAUAUAAAGGACUUGAAUUUGGAUUUGUUCUUGAAAGAAGUUAAUCCAACCAAGUUGGUGGUAAUAUCGAAGCACUUGUGUGGUGCUGCAACUGAUUUAACCUUGAAGCUGUUGCUAAAUUCAUGUAUUUUCCAAAAUAAUCAAUUUUGUGGAGUCUUGAUAGCCAUGUGUUGUCGCCACCUUUGCUCUUAUGAUCAACUACUACCACAAUCAAAGAAAUACUUGUACAAUCUCGGUUUUAAGUCCCGCCAGUCUUUUGACACGCUCAAGAAAAUGGUGUCGUGGGCAAUUGACGCUAGCAAACCCGAAGCUACCGGUGAUGAAGAAGAAAUGCAUUCUUCGGGACUCAAUGCCAAAGAGAGACAAGAAUGCGGAUUGAAAGCAAGACGAAUCCUUGACGAAAGUAGAGCAUUUGCAUUGAAAUCAAUAUUGGGUGACGCUUUUCAAGUUGAAAUCUUUUGGUAUGUUACAACAGAGACUACCUUGGAAAAUGUAUGUUUAUCAGUAACAAAGAAGUAA